UCCAUUUGCACUCCAAGGUGUCCAGGGCGACCAAUUUCAUGAUUCAGCCGUUGAAAACCUGGCAGAAGAUGAGUGCAUCUGAUUUUUCCAACCUGACCCUUCACCUGGAGGGGUCCCUGACCAGUGCUUUAGAUCAUUACCUGGACAACUGGAGGCGUAACAUGACGGCUGCAGCCAACGCUUUGGACAAGACUCUGGCUGAGGAGAACUUCAAGAACAUCAUCUGGUACCUGGUGGUGAUGAUUGGCCUGUUUGCCUUCAUUGUUGUGGCCAUCCUGGUAAGCACGGUGAAAUCCAAGAGGAGAGAGCACUCUAAUGACCCCUACCACCAAUACAUCAAGGAGGACUGGACUGCUCAGAUACAACAGGGCGACGUUGUCACCAACUUUGCAGCUAGAUAAUGCAAGCAAAGACGCUCAGCCCACAGCAGAUUAUCAUUAUCAUCAGUAGCAGUAGCAGCAUAACCGGUUUUCACAAAAGUGGUCUAAUAUCCUUUCUUUUUCAGUGAAUUUUGCUCAUGCUGGUCAAAUUUGUAAUCAGUGUAAUACGGUAUAAUAGAUAUUGUGUAUCUAACUGAGGGUUUUGCUUUUUAGUCCUCUAGAUAUUUAACCCAUUAACAUCAAUAAUGCAUUCGGACAGUUUUGUCACAGCCCUGUCAGAUGAAGUCAAGUAUCACGUCACUGACAAAUGUGUUCAUUUUAUUUGAUUUUGAAGAGAAUGUUAUUCAACACUGGUUACUAUAUAAAUAUACUGUAUAUGUUAUUACAAUAUGUUCAUGCAAAUCAUGGUGACUCGGA